AUGGUCCUUUCGCAACCCCAGAACCAGCAUGUCAUGAAAGCUUUCGACUUGACCGGCAAAGUCGCUAUCGUGACAGGUGGUGCCCGUGGAAUCGGUCUCGAGGUCUCUAGAGGCCUGGCUGAGGCCGGUGCUAAUGUCGCUCUCAUAUACAACUCAUCCAAGAAUGCCGACAAGAUUGCUGCGGAGAUCGCAUCUACAAACAAUGUCGAAGCAGCAGCAUAUCAAGCCAACGUCACCAGUCAGACUGAGAUCGAGACUACGAUCCAGCAGAUCGCAAAAGAUUUUGGUAAACUGGACAUCAUCGUCUGCAACUCGGGCAUCGUAUCAUCCAUCGCAGCCGAGGACUACACGGACCAACAGUGGAGAGAGAUUAUGCAGGUAAAUCUGGAUGGUGCCUUCUUUUCUGUUCAGGCGGCUGCGCGCAUCUUUAAGGAGCAGGGCCGUGGAAAUGUGAUCUUCACAGCCUCGGUCAGCGCGACCUUGGUCAAUGUGCCCCAGAAGCAGGCUGCGUAUAAUGCCUCAAAAGCAGGUGUGGUUCAGCUAGCCAAGUGUUUGUCUGUGGAGUGGGUGGACUUCUGUCGUGUGAACUGUAUUUCUCCCGGAUUCAUUGCGACUGAAAUCCUGGAUAUUCACCCACAGGAGUGGCGUGAUAAAUGGUAUGACAUGAUUCCGGCAAAGCGCAUGGCUCAGGCCUAUGAAUUAAAGGGAGCUUAUGUGUUCUGCGCCUCCGAUGCUUCGAGCUACAUGACCGGUGCUGAUAUUAUCAUUGAUGGCGGAUAUACCUUGCCUUAA